AUGUCCAGCAUCAGAGAAGCACCCAGGCCGCGAAACAGUCCUCGUACAACCGAGGAUGAUGGUACUUGGUUAUCAUCCGAAGGUCCAUAUCUAAAUCUAAUCAAACAAAGCUGCACUCGCCAGCCAAAUCUAGAGCUACCAGAUGGAAGAAACCGUGCAGUCUUACUGUGCGACAGACAAAACAUACGCGCCUCACUCUUUGAACUAGACGCCAAGAAUCAAAUCUCACCACCAACAGAAUUCCCUACUUUCGUAGAACUACAGGAACAUUUCAACGAAUCUCGACCCAAUGCUUGUCGUCGCAUUUAUCUCGUCGAGGGACUCAACCCACAAGUCGUAGCUCUCCUAGGCGAAAAGCUUAAUGUAGAUCCCAUCUUCUUCGUUACGCACGAGCGAACAUCUACAUAUCUCCGAUGGCCCUAUGAGCCCAACCUGGCUCCAUGCCUACCCUCGCUUCUAGACGGGGGUCAAUCCUUUACAGCCAGCUACUACGAUGUCAGAGCCCUUAGUGAACAACUCGGCACAUUCAGUGUCGCGUGCGCAGAGUCUGGGAGAGAUGCGCUGAGGACGAAACUGGGCAAGGAAUGGGAACCUACUGUUAUUCUUCACAGAAAAUGCUCCUUCUGGAAGACAACGUUUAUCAAUGAGAACGACUGGACUGCUUUAAUUCUUUGUGAUCCGCCCUUCCGACAGGCUCACAUAUGGCAAAAGCCAUCUUUCAUCCAAGAACCAUGGUCACUAAAGACCAUUCAUUUUUCAGCGCCACCAUUUCAAGGAGGAUACGCCGACUUUAUUCCUCAUCCAUGGAUUAUACAUCGAGCAUCCAGUCCUCCUAGAGACAGUCUGUUUGAUGACAUGGUUCAUUACUUGACGGAAUAUCACAAUGAUAUAUCGACCAAACUGUCUGGACUAGACUUUACUGUUUUUGCCAAAAAGAUCGUUGCCUCUCACUAUCUGCUUCUCCUAGAAUAUCACGAAGCUCUCCUCUCAACCAUGGCAUUUCCACUCCAAAGAAAAGACAAUUUUGCCAAUAUCGAAACAACAUCACUCGAAAGUUCAUGGAGCAACAUUCAGCAGCUCUGUAGUCGAAUCGACAGAUAUAUCAAGGAUAUAUCACAUAUAAUGCUGCAACUACAUAUACCAUUUGACAACCCAUGCGUGCCAAGCGCAGGUACCAAUCCCCACACCCAAUGGUCACAGAGCGAAUCCGACUAUCAGUACAUUUACAUGAAACUGCAGUCCCUCAGAGAAAGGUCAGAAUUCUUGAGUUCUUCGCUUACAGGUGUGACGGGCAUCAAUGGAGCUGCGAGGUCUAUUCGUGAAGCCAAGACCAUCAAGACUUUUACCAUUGUGGCACUCAUUUUUAUUCCUCUUUCUUUUUCGACGAGUUUGUUUAGCAUGUCGGAUCGAUAUUUACCUGGUGAAAAUAACUUUGGGGUUUUCUUUGCUGUUGCACUCCCUCUAGUUGUAUUCAUUUUUGUUGCCAUAUUGCUUUUUGAUCUGGGUUAUAAUGAGAACAGUAGCUGGCGCUUGGAGACGUUUACUACUAGAAUAUGGAGAUCCUGGUUCUAG